AUGGAUCAUUCAGUAGCUCUCCAAUCCAACCCAACCAAUACGAAACUCUUGGCUUCCAAUGCUACUCUACAGGCGGAAAACCAACGAAUGGCCGAACCGUUAGCAGAAAUGCUGAACAACGGUGAAGAAAAGAACGAUAAUAAGAAGGUCAAUAACAACCUCCAUGAGGAACAACAGCCAAAGUCGAACGUGAAGACAGGAGAAGCACCUCCCAAGACAAAAAGACAACGGACUAGCCCUUUUUCCGAAGAAAUAAUGAAUUUCAAAAUUUCUAAAUAUUUUACACUCCGAAUGACUUUGACACCAUACAAGGGGAUCGGAGAUCCUAAAGUUCAUGUCAACAAAUUUGAAUCUAUGAUGUUUCUCAAUAGUGACUCCGAUCCCAUUUUGUGCCGAUCUUUUUCAACUUUUUUAGAUAGAGCUGCUUUAUUAUGGUUUUCUAACUUACCUGCAGGUUCGAUAUCCAGCUUUGACGAAUUUGCCAAAUUAUUCAUAAACCACUUUACAGCAUCCAAAAUCUACGUGCGAGACUCAUAUUAUCUUAGUACGAUCAAGCAAGGACAACACGAGAUUCUGAAAGACUACAUCACGUGCUUCACAACAGCGGCCAUGGAAAUCCCAGACCUCAAUCCAAAAGUACAACUACAUGCAAUAAAGAGUGGCCUCCGACUUGGGAAAUUCCAGGAAGCAAUAGCAGUCUCAAAGCCGAAGACAUUGGAAGAAUUUAGGGACAAAGCAACUGGACAAAUUGAAAUUGAAGAAUUACAUGAAGCUCGGAGAAUUGAAAGACCAUCAUCUCAAAAGAAAGAAGAGAAACCUCUUAGGUGA